CUUUUCGGGACGUCAUCUUGUAACGAGCCCUACCCCACUCACAAUCCAACUCUACGUGGGGAAAAUGAGGAGGAAUUCGGUGACCCUGCUCAAGCUGGUUGUCGCUGCUGUUAUAUUUCUAGCAGCAGGCCCUCUUGCAAUGAAGUUUCUGUUUGGUUCUCGGCGUACAGAUCAAUAUGUGGAUACCGGUCUCCCAAAGGCACCUGUAGAGAGAAGAGAUGUUGUACCGGACAAAAGUUCUGGUGAACUAAAGAAGAUAGACUGGCAUGACUACAAACAGAUAUCAGCAGAUACAGCGAGGGUUGGACCAGGGGAGCAGGGGUCUGCUGUUAUUCUCACUGCUGCCGAAGAGAAACUGAAAAAUGACCUUUACAAAGUUAAUGGCUUUAAUGCUUUUGCUAGUGAUAAAAUUUCCUUACAACGUUCCUUGAAGGAUAUAAGGCAUCCAGAUUGUAAAACCAAGAAGUAUUGGAACAAAUUACCCAACUGCAGUAUAGUUGUCCCAUUCCAUAAUGAACACUGGACAACCCUGCUACGACUCACUUACAGUGUGAUCGACAGAGCCCCUGAAAACCUCUUACAUGAAGUUAUUCUUGUUGAUGAUUUUAGCACUAAAAAAUUUUUAAAAGAUGAGUUAGAUGAAUAUGUGGCUAAACAAUGGCAUGGCCGGGUGAAAGUUGUUCAUGCAGAGAGGAGAGAGGGGUUGAUUAGGACCCGCAUCCUGGGGGCCAAACAUGCCACAGGAGAUGUCAUCUUAUUCUUAGAUGCUCACGUAGAGGCUAAUAUCAACUAUUUACCACCAUUGUUAGAUCCUAUAGCUGAGGAUUAUAGAACAGUGGUAUGCCCAUUCAUUGAUGUGAUAGACUACGAGAACUUCAACUAUCGAGCCCAGGAUGAGGGGGCCAGAGGGGCGUUUGACUGGGAGUUCUUCUAUAAACGUCUACCUCUCUUGCCUGAAGACUUGAAACAUCCAGCUGAGCCAUUCAAUUCUCCAGUAAUGGCAGGCGGAUUGUUUGCCAUAAGCAGGAAGUGGUUCUGGGAGCUUGGCGGCUAUGACCCCGGGCUCGACAUCUGGGGCGGGGAACAGUAUGAACUCUCAUUUAAGCUCUGGCAGUGUGGAGGGAAGAUGGUGGAUGUUCCAUGCUCCAGGAUAGGCCACAUCUACAGAAAGUUUGCCCCCUUCCCCAACCCUGGGGUCGGUGACUUUGUAGGAAGGAACUACCGUCGUGUUGCAGAGGUGUGGAUGGACGAGUAUGCUGAGUUCUUGUACAAACGUCGACCCCACUACCGCAAUAUUGAGACUGGAGACCUAACAGACCAGCUGGAGGUUCGAAAACGUCUGAAGUGCAAGCCCUUCAAGUGGUUUAUGGAAGAGGUGGCCUUUGACCUUGUGAAGAUUUACCCACCAGUUGAACCCCCUCCCAUUGCCAGCGGAGAGUUUAGAAGCAAGGCUGCCCCUCUGUGUAUAGAUACAAAGUUCCGGGGAGGUGAAGAGAACUUCAAGCUCGAAGAUUGUAUAAAGGAUGGUAAAGGUGGCGGGGAGCAGGAAUUGGAGUUGACAUGGCAUAAGGAUAUUCGACCAAAGAAAAGGACAGUAUGCUUUGAUGCGUCCACAUCAGUGAAGAAGGCACCAGUGAUAUUGUUUAACUGCCAUGGCAUGGGUGGAAACCAGCGCUUCAAAUACAAUGUUGACGACCAGCAAGUGUUCCAUCCAAUCAGUGGCCAGUGUCUGGACUGUGAUACGGGUAGUCGCGAGGUCUUCAUGAACCCAUGCGACAAGAACUCAAACACCCAAAAAUGGCUCAUCAGUAAUGUUAACAUUACGGCUGUCAGAAAAGAUUGGAAUGAACCAUAGAGGUGGCCCCAAGAGAUUGAGAGUAUAGAAAUUAUGUUUUUACUUUUUGUGAGGGUUUAAUAUUCACAAUAAUUUUAAAAGUCCACUUAUGUUACAAGUUUAGAAUGUUAUGAAAUUAUGUUUUACAGAAUGUUUCUUUUCAAAGUUCAAAUAAACCUUACUAAAUAAGACCAAACUGUAAUAAAAGGACCCCACAAAAUUAACACAAGCUACAGAAAUUAUCACAUAUAUGGAAGGUGUGUUCUGAUAUUAGUGAUGAUUCAUAACAAGUUCUAUUACACGGCCAGGGUUUUCAUGGUUUUUAAGAGAACUCUGACAUAGCAAUAAAAUAUUUGAAUUUCAUACGUAAUGAUCACAUAUUUUAGCCAAGAAUUAAAUUGGAAUGGUUUCUUAUCUUGAUUAAAAUGAUGAUUUUACUGCUUUAUGAAUUUUAAUGGUGUUUUUAAAUGUAAAUAUGUUGACAUAUCAUUCUUUAAAUUUUAUGUGUAUAAAACACACAUUCUACCUUCAUUUAUGUUUUCUGAUAACUUAAUGUACACUAUGAAAUUUAAAUAGCUGAUUGCACCAUUUUUGUUGAAGGCCAAUGCAUUUGCUGUAUUUGUGUGUAACAAUUUUUAUUCAAAUAUAUUUUAAUGAUUUUAAAUAUGGUUUUCUUAAUUAUACACAUAAUCUUUAUUGUCCCACUUUUGUACCUGCUUUUAACUGAACCAUAGAGUUAGGUGUUGACAUUUUAAGUUCUUUUAUAUAUGUACCUGUUGGUACAAUAAAUCUGUGAUAUCCACUUUGGAUGGUAUCUUACAUGAUCUUAAAGCUUACUUUUAUCUAAUUAUAAUACUAAUUCUUUAUAGAUGGAGCUUUAUAUGAGCAUAUUAUUGUGAUUGUAUUGUUCAAAUGUCUAGUCUCUAGAGUAAUUUAUGGUCUAUAUUAUGUUGUGUAUAUUGUCGUGUUUCUGUGUGGUUAAUACCAGACAAUAUCUAUUUAAACUAGAAUAUGUAGAAAUUAUUUUUUGUAUUUAAAUUUCUCCUUUGAACAUUCCACUGUAAAUAAUGCAUCGAAAAGUAUCACCACAUAGUUUAAUAAUGUACAAAUUCUUCCAGUGUUUUCUGUGUCUUUAUUACCAUACAAAUAAUGUAUAUCUUGUAAUCUGUAAGUGUCAAAACAAACUUACCAAUUAAAAACCCAUACAAGUUUAUUACUGCUGACACAUUUAUCUGAUGGAUUUUUACUCUGAUACAGCGUAUGUAUUCCCUCCAGGGAUUCAGAUUGCGGGUAUCUUGUACCUGUUACACAUUGUUAUAUUGUUCAUGAAUCAAAUAUUAAUAAAACGUUUCAUGUAACAGUUCAUUAAUUCAUCAAAGCAUUUUCAUACACAUUCUCAUACAUUAUUACAUUGGUCAUUAAAUCUUAGAAAUCCAAAUUUGACCAUAUAAACUCAGUGUCCAUUUCAUCUGUAUUUAACGCAUGAGCUGCAUUGCGUGAUUUAGGCAUUUGGGCAUAAUUAUUACUAUUGAUAAAAUCAUAAAUAAAAAAAAUACUAAAAAUAAUGAAUUUUUGAUGUGUUUAAAUUUCAUCCAAUUUCAUUGUUAUUAGUGCUUCAUUUUCUUGACAAUUUAUGAAGAUUACUCAUUUUUCCAAAGCAAACACGGCUUUUGUUCCAACAUUCGAAGUGUCUAAUUCAAAUAGCCUGAUCGUCAAAUAUACGAUAAUGAAUCAUCAAACUCUUCUUAAUUUAGCUUUCUUAUAAUGCAUGUUAUUUCAAUAAUGGACUUUCAAUAUGACAUCACUUGUUUGAGGUCAAUUUAAGAAUUUAAAAUGGGCAAUGCAUGGUUCACUUUUAAAACUGAUAUCUUUAUCAAAUUAGAGAUUUCAUCAUGCUAUUUUCACUAUUGCUUCAUAAUAAAAGUUAUUUAAUUGAAAUACCAAACAAAACCAUGUGGAAUAAUAAACAGGUAAGCCCGAAGGUCCAAAAUGGCACGAUGUUGUUCAUUUAUUUAUAGACUCUAAAAGGAUCUUCAGGGAUAAAUGCCAAGAGGGUUUUAAGUGGUAUUUAAGUAAAAGAUCUAUGUAUAUUUCCACUUUUUUCCAUUUUCCCUCAAUUUACAUAUACACUUAUGCAAUUUUGUUAGGUGUUAGCAAUUUAAUGAUUGUAUGAUAAUUGAAGAUAUUUUAUUCUGACAUGUUUAUUUCAUCCUAUUUAUUAUAAGUGUAUGACAAAUGAUCAGCCAGUUGCUUUUUAAACCAUAAAUAAUGAUGAUAACCUGAUUCUAAAAUGAGAUUUAUGAUAGAAGAUUGAAAAUGAAAGUCUAAAUAUAAUUUUGUUAUCAUGAUGAUAUCUCUAAAAUUUUGUGAGAUAUGGGUUUCACAAGUAAGACCAUGCAUUGAGCAUUUUGUACCUGUAAGUUUGUUUCAGGUUGAUCAAGUAACUUAACCUUAUUUAAUUGGUUGUUUGCAAUUUGUAGUACCCUCAUUGAUAAGAGGAGGGGGGUGGUAAGCUUAUUUAGUCAAUCUUUGGGUAAAACCUGCGAGCAUCUCCUUGAUAAGAGAUUAUGGGUUAAGCAUCUGUCUGAAGGGUUAUGUUAUGAAGGUUUGAGGCAAGUUUGCACCCCUGCCCUUACUAAUGAGACAUCAAAUAAAAAUAUAUCAUACAUUGUGUAAUGCUUAUAGUAUGCUUUAUUUCUUAUACCAUGACCCUUUCCUACUCUGUGAUUCUUUUUCAUCCCUGUGUAUAUUUUUCCCUGUGUAUAUUUUUGUUUGCAUCCAUGUAAAGUAUAUUUAUUAUGUUGAGUUUUAGUAAGAUUUUUAAAGAUGUAGUGUUGGAAACCGGUAUAUGAAAAUCAUAAUUAACUGUAAAUGUUGUUUUAGAAAACCAUAGUAAUGGUGUUAUUCUCCGUACAAUCAUGUAGUGUGCCAUUUAAAAGUAUUAUGUGUAUGAUUGAUAUUAACCUGUGCAUCAUAAUACAAACUAGAUCCUAUUAUAAACUACUAUAGUUAAUCAUUGGUUUGAAGGUAUUUUUAUGCCCAGACUUAUGGGGGGGGAUAGAGUUUUUUCUCAGCAACAAACUUGAUUGGAAACUCGACUUGAAAAGACCACACAACUUUGGUCAGUGUUGUGAUAUAGGGAUUUUGUAGCAAUAUUUAGUGCCUCGGUCACAUUUCUUUUUACGUAUCUGACUUGACCAUUUGCUAACUUGACCUCGAUGUGACUGCUCUUUUCUGUCAAAUGACAAGGCCCACUUGUGUCUAGUUCUCCGGGUUCCUUUGACAGCCCCAGUUCAACGAACAGUUUCAAGUUAAAAUUUGUUCUACAUUCUCUCAACAUGAUAUAUACUGUACAUCCAUUAUGACAUGUACCGAGUACACCCAUAUGUAAUAUUGAGCUUUGUAAAGAUGUUUUUCAUAUGAAUAAACAUUCUUUGUAAUUAAAAAUUUACCACCUCCCUACAGAGGCAAAUUUACCCUUUCAGAGUCCAAAUAAGCCAAAAAAGACACCCACCCAUAUACUAUUUAAAUAAUUGCCUUCUUCCCUGUGGGUUAUGUUUUACUGGAAUAGCUCUUAGAGGCAGGAUAUGUAACAAUAGAUUAUUAAUUGAUAUACGACCUUCAUUUCCUAUCAUACAUGUAUACCAAAGAUAAAAUCACCACCAACAUUCGAUUUUGUAUAUAUUUUGAAUGGCAACUUGGAUAUCUUUUUUAUUUUUAAUAUGCCAGAAAUUGAAGGAAGAAAUGUGCAGAAUGUCAAUUAGAAAGACAUUUUUUUUUCAUCAGGGGUUAUGUUAUUAUAUUUUAAGUUAUGCCGAGGAUAGAGUCUCUUUACAUAAACAGGAGAAAUGUAUUAUAAAAACUUUCAAAACAAUUUAUAAUCUGCAUUAACAGUGCACCAUAUAUACAAUUUCAGUUUUCGAGGCAGAUAUCCAUUCAUGAUUAUUAUUGCUUAGUAAGCAUUCAAUGCUUGGACAGUUAUAGGUGUAUUGCUCAUUUUCAAGGCAUUUGGCGCUUAAAACUUUAUUCAUUUUCAGACAUAUUUUAUAUUUGUUGAUAUGUGUAUGAGGUAUAGUGUAAAAUACCCAGUAGCCCGUACUGUACAUUGCUUGUUUUAGACAAUUUAAAUUUUAGAAUUGUUCGUAUUUAUAUACAUUUGUUGAAAUAUGCAAUACUGUGUUGCUAGAUAAUACAAUGAUGUUUAGGGAUCCAAAAUAAAGGAUGAAAAAUAAA